AUGGUUUCUUUACCCAUCGCCAAGGCUUCCAAUGCCAAAUUAACCACUGCCCUCCCGAAGGAGAUGGUGGCAGUUUUUGUUGGUGCCACGAGUGGAAUAGGCGAGUUCGCUCUCAAAGCCUUCGCGGAGCAUGCCCAGACACCUCGGGUUUACUUCGUUGGUCGAUCUCAAGAGGACGCAACCCGCAUUAUUUCCGAGUGCCAGAAGCUGAACGCGAAUGGCCAGUAUACAUUUAUCCAAGCCGACGUGAGCCUGCUCAAUAAGGUCGACGAGGUGUGCCAGGAGAUUUUGUCCAAGGAAACCUACAUCAACCUUCUAUUCCAGACGCAAGGCUCCAUACGCACCGACAAAACUUCCGAGGGCCUCCCCAUUUCCUACGUUCUCCCCGUGACAUCCCGCAUCCUCUUCGCCCUGAACCUCCUACCGGCCAUCCAGAGGGCAACCUCCCUCAAGCGAGUUGUCUCCGUCUUCGCGGCCGGCUUUGAAGGGCCAUUCUCCGAGAGCGAAUGGACCGAGUAUGCGUCAACUCACAGCUUAAUGAAGGCUCGAGGCCAUGUUUCGUCCAUGAUCACCAUGGCGCACAACGUCAUGGCGAGACAGGCGCCGGACGUCGCCUUCGUACACAACUAUCCCGGCUCCAUAAAGACCAAGUUCGGAAGAGACGCAAGCGGGGUGCUGGGUGGCGUCCUAAAGGUCGUGACCGUGCUCUUCCACGUCGUGCCUGACCGCCUGUUUUUCCAAGAUCCCUCAGACUGUGGAGAGCAUCAGUUGUAUCUUGCCACGAGUGCCAGAUUCCCACCUGCAAAGGGUGAUGCAGCUGGGGUGGCUGUGUCGGACGGUGUGUCCGUGGCCAGAGGCAGCGAUGGCCUGUCGGGGAGCGGCAGCUACAAUAUCAAUUACCAUGGUGAGAAUGCUUCCGCUGAUGUCGACGCCUUACUUGCAAAGGCCAAGGCAGACGGCGCCGAGGAUAGGAUGUGGACGCACAUCUUGGAGGAGAUCAAACAGGUCACUGGGAAAGCUCGGGAUUGA